CCCCUGCCCUCUCUGCUGCUCUACGGCACUGGUGGUUGUGAGCCAUGCGUUGUUUGUCCCUGUCCGUCAUUCUCCUGGGCACCGACAUGACGUGCCCUGUGUCGGCUUUCGUGCACCCUUUCGCGGGCAGGACCAUGGACGGCCUCGAAUCACCACGCGGGCCUUCGAGCACCGGAUACAGGGCGCAGCGCCUGGCCGCCUACAGCAGUAGCCCCCCUUGCAGCAAAGGGAGCAUCACCGCGCGACACCGAUCCGUGGGGAGGACGGCGAGGACAACGACGAUGGGCUUCAAGAGCCCCGUGGACGUCCUGAAGCAGGGGAUUGCCAAGAUCGGGGCGGGGCCCUACGACAAGGACGCGGUGGUCAAGGUCGUCGACGGUUACACAUCCGGAAGCAACAAGGUCGUCGUUUUCUCGUGGACAAGGUGCCCGUUUUGCAAGAAAGCCAAAGGGUUGAUUGAGGAUUUGCUGGCAGACCCGGCUGAUUACGAGUUUGUGGAGCUGGACGAUAGGCAAGAUGGCAGCGCUAUCCGAUACGAGUUGAGCCAGAAGACAGGGAGGACGAGUGUGCCGCAGAUUUGGAUCGGCGGGGAGUUCGUCGGCGGCUGCAACGACGGCCCAGGCGUCUUCACCCUGAUGGACAAGGGCGAGCUGGUACCCAUGCUGGAAUCGGCUGGCUGCGCUUUGAAGAAAUGAUGACAAUCACACCGUGGUUGAAUUAAGUGCCUUGUAGAAGCAGCGGCCAAUACGAAAAAAAAAAAAACAGCGAUGUUUCACGAAAUCAAGUACAUGCACGUCAGGGAGUUCUUGAACGACUUCUAGAGGAAUACGUAGCGUUUUUUUCGUGUAAGAGGGCGGGGUGGACUGUUUGUUUUUGCCCUGCCAUCGUCCUGGAUCCUACCGCACAUUCCUUGGGGGUUUGAAGCGCAGGACUAUCUCAACGAAGACCUGUUCCCAAGCCGACAACCGGCGGUGUGAGGGGUGCUGUCUGCACAGGUUAGGAAGCGAUCUCGCCGCGCUGGGAGUAAUCGUGGUCUUGUUUUUUAUUGUGCGAGCUGUGCUCCUCUACUAUGAUUGUUGUAGGCAACUUCGGGGGGUGCCGUGGCAAUGUUUCUUGCUCUCGGGGUGCUGUUGGCGUGUCUCCCGUACCUCGUCACAGGAACUUAUACCCUAGGUGGGAUAUCGUGAGCAAUAUCCUUGGUGCUUGGCUUUUUUCUGGCGACCCCCUAGACCCCAAUUUUUGAGGAACCUACUUGUAGUAAGCUGCGUCUGUAGAGGUGCAUUUCUACAGGGGUUGGAGCCUCUCUCGCGUGUUGAGCAGCGUGCAUCAUGUCCCACGGACAGUGGUGAUUGCCAUUUCAGUGUGAAUCAGCUCCCACAUGAAUGACAUUAACGAUUAGACCAUCGUAUUGGUCCGUUCGCAUUGGUUGCUGAAAAUCUUCGUCUAAACUGAGAACUUACCAGGUUGAACAAUGUGGCGUUUGUAAUCAAUAUGAUUCUUGCGUUGAAAGGACCCGCAAAGAGUUACCUCAAGCGGGAUUUCGUGAUCAUCACGAGGCAUCUAUACAACGCCUGGCACGUUGAUAGACGGGGCUGUCGAACGAAGACGUGACGGAGGUCAAAGCAGCAGUCGUCGAGGGGGUGUGGGGGCAUGUCAACCGGUCGAUCCAUCAGUUGGGCGCCGCCGUGGUUUGCGAUGGCGAGUCUCCACCGAUAAAGUGAACUGCGUUGACCAGUUAUAUUUACCAGUAACAUCGCUUCCGUUUUGAAGAAUGGCACCCUGCGCCAGUUGGUUGAUGGUACAACUGCGGCAAAAGCAUCGCUAGAAAGAUUAG